AUGGCGUCCCUCCUCACGCUCCCCGCCCUCGCCCUCUCUAACCCCGCCACCGCCUCCGGCGCCGUCCGGCUACGCGCCGCGGCCCUCCGCUGCUGGGCGCUCCGGCGGCGCGGGUGGGCGGCGGCGGCCGCCGUGGCCUCGCCCAACUCCGUGCUCAGCGAGCACGCCUUCAAGCGGCUCCAGCUCGGGAGCGACGACGAGAACGAGGAGGGGACGUACGGGAGCGACGCCGACGAGGGGUUCGAGGCGGGGGAGGGGUUCCAGGGGGACGAGGAGGAGCUCGCCAUUGCCAGGCUCGGCCUGCCCGACGAGCUCGUCGCCACGCUCGAGAAGCGCGAGAUUACACACCUGUUCCCCAUACAGAGGGCUGUGUUGAUUCCCGCUCUUGAGGGCCGUGACCUGAUUGCUAGAGCAAAGACUGGAACUGGAAAGACACUAGCCUUUGGUAUUCCCAUGAUCAAGCAAUUAAUCGAGCAAGACGAUGGUCGGAGUACAAGGCGAGGUCGCACUCCUCGGGUUCUGGUUCUAGCACCUACCAGAGAGUUAGCCAAACAAGUCGAGAAGGAAAUAAAGGAAUCAGGACCGAAGCUCGGCACAGUGUGUGUUUAUGGCGGUGUCUCGUAUAAUGUCCAGCAGAAUGCACUCUCGCGUGGUGUCGAUGUUGUUGUUGGCACACCUGGGCGCAUAAUUGAUUUGAUAAAUGGCGGAAGCCUCCAGUUGGGAGAAGUUCAGUAUUUAGUCCUGGAUGAGGCUGACCAAAUGCUUGCAGUGGGGUUUGAGGAAGAUGUGGAGACAAUAUUACAAAAGCUUCCUGCGGACAGGCAAAGCAUGCUGUUCUCUGCGACGAUGCCUAGUUGGGUGAACAAACUGUCCAGGCGGUACUUGAACAACCCUUUGACAAUUGACUUGGUUGGUGAUCAAGAUGAAAAGCUUGCUGAAGGAAUCAAACUCUAUGCUAUCCCACUCACAGCAACAUCAAAGCGCACCAUUCUUAGUGAUCUAAUUACGGUUUAUGCAAAGGGUGGGAAAACCAUUGUUUUCACUCGUACGAAGAAAGAUGCAGAUGAGGUUUCAUUGGCACUGACAAACAGUAUUGCUUCUGAGGCACUUCAUGGUGAUAUUUCACAGCAUCAGCGUGAGCGGACACUAAAUGGAUUUCGUCAAGGGAAAUUUACUGUUCUAGUAGCUACAGAUGUUGCUGCCCGUGGUCUUGAUAUACCAAACGUUGAUUUGGUUAUCCAUUACGAAUUGCCAAAUGAUCCAGAAACUUUUGUCCAUCGUUCUGGACGCACUGGACGUGCUGGGAAAGCAGGAACUGCAAUCUUGAUGUUUACCAGCAGCCAGAAAAGGACAGUUAAGUCUCUUGAGCGUGAUGUUGGUUGCAAGUUUGAGUUUAUAAGCCCUCCGUCCAUGGAAGAAGUGCUGGAGUCAUCUGCUGAGCAUGUCAUUGCUACAUUGCGAGGGGUGCACCCAGAGUCGACUCAGUACUUUCUUGGAGCAGCUGAGAAAUUAACAGAAGAAUUAGGACCUCAUGCUCUUGCUUCUGCACUGGCACAUCUGAGUGGGUUUUCUCAGCCACCUUCUUCACGUUCUCUGAUCAGUCAUGAGCAGGGAUGGGUCACAUUGCAACUAACUAGAGAACAAGGAUAUGGCAGAGGCUUCUUUUCUCCUAGAUCUGUUACUGGUUUUCUAUCUGAUGUUUAUUCAGCUGCUGCAGAUGAAGUUGGCAAAAUAUACCUAACAGCAGAUGAGAACGUCCAAGGAGCAGUCUUCGAUUUGCCUGAGGAAAUCACAAAGGACCUGCUUACUAUGGAGCUCCCCCCAGGAAACACCUUAAUCAAAAUAUCGAAGCUGCCUGUGUUGCAAGAUGAUGGUCCUGCCACUGAUAGCUAUGGUCGCUUUUCCAACGACCGAGGUUCCAGGAACAGGCGUUCCAGGGGUGGAAGCGCUGCAAGAGGCCGGGGUGGUUGGGACACUGACGGUGAGGACCGAUUCCGCCGUGGUGGCAGGAGCUUCAGGUCUGACAACGAUAGUUGGUCAGAUGAUGACUGGUCAGGCGGUGGGAGAAAAUCAACCCGUUCCUCAUCCUUUGGUAGCCGCCCAUCAUCUUACGGCAGCCGUGGCUCACCAUCCUUCGGUGGGCGCUCAUCAUCCUUCGGUGGUAGGGAGAGUUGCUUCUGCUACACCAUUGCGACAGAGACCGAAUUACAAUCGUUGGGGAUGUCUGUGAUCAGCAACAGAGACCGAAUUGCAAUCGUUGGGGAUGUCUCCCAACCAAACGCUAUGUUAGAUACUUGGAUAUCUGUGAUCUGUGUUGUCUUGCUUCAGAAAGCAGUAUCAGACUUUGUUGCAUUAGAAAAGGGUUACGCUGCGCCGGUUGCUCCGGCAGCUCGUCCUCCUGAUCUGACCUCGCAAACACACGGUCUGGUCAACGCAGUGGCAGCGUACGGCAUGACUGCAGGGAGAAAGUAA